UUGUUCAACUGGAUGCACGUGGGCGUGUGCAUCGCAGCUGUAAACAUGAAAGUGAUCGUGGGGAUCUUGACACGGUAAACGCGGUCCGAGAUCCCUUCGGGCGCAAUAUAAUGUGUCGCGGCUCGCUCGAAACAACGGCACCCAAGGACGAAACGAUUCCCGGAGCCGAGCGUCUAGCAUCGUGACCCCGCGCGGUCUCGAUCGCGUCUUGUUUGCCGACGUCGACGUUGCUUGAACGGUCAGCGUCGCUGGCUUCCUACUGUCCGUCUCCGAUUACUCCCCCAACUGCACGGCUCGCUGUCGCGCAGUGGAAUGCGCCCGAAAUGGCCAGCGACAAAGGUGACUGCAGCGGUGGAGACGGUACUGACAACAACGUGAUCGCGCUCUCCAACGAAGACGACAGCGCGGCUGCCGGUGGCGAGUUGUUGCAGCCUAGCGUGCCCACGUCCGCGCCGGCGUCACGGUCCGCGGCGCCCAGCGUUCAGCUGUGCGGCUUCCUGAACAAGCUGAGCAGCACGAGCCUGGUGAAAGUCUACAAACGCCGCUGGUUUGAAUUCGUCGAGAGCAACUGCAAGCUCUACUACUACCGCGAUCCCGACGACGCGAACCCCAUAGGCGAGAUCGACAUCAAGUCGGCCAGUUUCUACCUCGACGUGACGAACUGGGAGAAGCCGGGAGUCUUUGUGAUCCGAACGCCUCAGCGGCAGUACCACUUGGAAGCCAAAGACCGCCAGGCGAGCUUGUACUGGUUGCAAGAACUGCAGCGGUAUCGUCGAGCAUUCAGCCUUCAGAGGAACCUCAACCUAAAGCACAGCCGCUCAGUCUCUGACACAUGUUCGUCCUCGCAGGCGACAAGUGGACUUCUGCACAAGAAGCCGCCGCAGGCCGAGGAAGUCUCUGAAAGCGAGGAGACUGACCGGGGACUGCUCUUAUCGCCGGUCGAGUGCCCCACGACCGUUGUGGGAGAGCACGUCGCGGUGCAGGCGCCGCCAGCUCCCCCUGCCUCCAACGUGCUCUCCAACUUCAAACACUCGUUUCAAAAGAAGCAACGGUCUUUGAGCAGCGACGACGGAAAGACUGAAGGACUGAGCCACUUCUACACGAAAGAAGAGGACGACAGUUACGAGUAUGAAGACUGGGACAUUCCGUCGUCGCCUUCCAAGCUAAAGUCGCCGGCAGUCUUCACGUCCUUCAAGAAAAAGCUGCAGGACUCGUUUCGGGCUCGGCCAAAGGUGGAAGUCGAGAUGUUCACCUCGGCACCGCCUAUUCUGCGAAAGCUCCACGAAGGAGUCUGUUGCAAGUGCAAAGAGCUGGAACGUGAAACAAGUGCCUUACGGGAGGAGCUCCAGUGUAAAGACGACGAAUUGACGGCGAGCAAGGAAGUGAUUAAGGUCCUCCGACAGCAGCUGGAGCUGGGAAGCAGGGAACAAGAGACCCUCAACAAGCUCUAUGCAAAUUCAAGCAAUGAGAACUACACACGGAUGCUUCAUGAGAAGGACAAGCUCCUUCUUGAGCUCAGAAAUGAGCUGUACAUGUGCAAGGUCCAGCUUGAAACCACGCAGAACAGGCGAUGUUCUGUAGAGAGGGAGCUCGAUGAGCUAAAAGACCAGAGUUCCCUGUACCAGGAGGUGCUGAAAGAAAAAGACAGGCUUCUCAUGUCGCUCACCAACGAACUGCACGACAUCGAGGAGGAGAAGAAGGAAGAGCAGGCCACCAUAAUGCAGGCCGAGCAGGCGGAAGAGAACGCCUGUCGAGUCCAGAUGGCAAAGAUGGCCGAGGAGAUAGAGCAACUGAAGGAUGCAGUUGCAGCAUUCCAUGUGCAAAACAAAUUCCUCAACAAGGAAAUUCUCGAACUGAACGAACUUCGGUGGAACUCGGAGGAAAGAGAACGGCAGCUCAUCAUAAAAUGCUCAAAUGCCGAAGCUAGGCACUACCAGACCCAGAGCAAACUCCUCUUUCUUCUCAAGGAGCUGAACAGUCCAGAAGAAGGUGAAGCCGGUGUCCAGGCCAUCGUGAGCCAGCUUCUAGAAGAAGCCAUGCACGACCCCACAGUUCCUAAGGAGGUUCAGGAAUCUUUCCAGACCAGCGAUGACGUCUACGACUCGUAUGGGUUCAACCGAAAGUGGGGCAAGGAGUGCGACGUGGUGGUCUCCAAGGCGGAGAACCUGCGGAGGAAGUCCGAGCACAUCUCGAGCACCAUGCAGGACCCACUUCAAAUCUCGUGGCGAGUGAAAUGGGAGAACUACCGAGCCAACAUCGCCCCUGGGCGGCCGCUCCAAAAGACUCCGGAGUUGAAGGCCCUCGUACGCACAAGCAUUCCUCAAGAAUUCAGGAGCCAGAUAUGGAAAGGGUGUGUGUCGAAGUUCCAUGUUGGCCAGGAGAGAGCGGACAAAGGUACCGGUUACUACGAAGACUUGGUGACGUCUCCGCCUCUGACUAGUACCUGCGACCCCGCCGUAAAGCAGAUUGAACUCGACCUGCUGAGAACUUUGCCGAACAACCGGCAUUACGAAACUCCCGACGCUCCCGGAAUCAACCCUCUCCGUCGAGUGCUGCUUGCCUACAGCCGAAGGAAUCUCAUUGUGGGAUACUGCCAGGGUUUGAACAGGCUGGCGGCCAUUGCCUUGCUGUUCAUGUCCGAGGAGGACGCCUUCUGGUGCCUUGUUGCCGUUGUCGAGUACAUCAUGCCACGCGACUACUACAGCCGUACCCUGGAAGCCUCUCAGGUCGAUCAGCGAGUCCUCAAGGACUUGAUGGCUGAAAAGCUGCCACGCCUCAGUGCCCACUUGGAGGCCAACAAGGUGGACCUGUCCCUGUUCACCUUCAACUGGUUCCUCACCGUUUUUGUGGACACCAUCCCGGCUGAGACGUACCUUUACAUCUGGGAUGUGUUCCUUUACGAGGGAAACAAGGUCCUCUUUCGAUUUGCGCUAGCCAUCUUCAAAAUCUGCGAAGCCGAAAUCUUGGCUCAGGAGGACUACAUGGCGAUCAACCGCUACCUGCGAACCAUGUCCGAGAGGAUCACCGACAUCCGACAACUCGCUCAGGUUGCUUUUGGUGACCUGAAUCCUUUCCCAAUGAGAGUGAUCAAUGCCAAGAGAGUACAGCACAUGCAAGCUGUCAAGGAACAGCUACGGAAAUUGGAUGAAAUACGCAACUCAUUGCCAGCAAGAAAGAUGCAGGAGUGUGGCAGUCCAGAGUCGUCCGACGAUCCUUCAAAGUAGACCAACCGGUGUGGACCGUCCCGCCGCUGGCUUCGCGUCACGAAAAUCCCGAGUGCCAUCGCUUGUCAUCUGCAGGAGUCAACUACAGUGCAAUGCCUUACGUGACCCAAGACUGAGACCAAGACGUCAAUUGCUGCCGUCGAUUGAUUGUGAUAACAAACGCCAUUUUUCUUACAGCCACCCAUCCGCUGUGUUAUACAACUGCACACUAGGUGCUGUUGUCUAACGGUAGGCCUAUUUGAAAACAGUGAGGUGGUUUUUUCACAAUGUGCCUCAUUGCCUUCUACACAGAAGCUGCACAGUGUUGUGAAAGCUGCGGUGUUAGCUGAUCAGACACAGAGCUGUGUUACUGAACUUUUCUAAUGGAAGAGAGGAUGAAUUCUUUUUUAAAUUCAGGAUUCAGUCGGUAGUGAGCAUUUGCGAUUAAACAAUUUGGUAUAUUUAUGUACACAGAAACAAGGACAUAAUGGGCAAGAAAGCUGAUGAAUAUUCCUUUAAUGUAUUUCUUUUAUCGGUAUGCAAAUUAGUGUUAUAUACUCGGGUACUUUGAACAUUAAAUUUAAUACUGCUAAUUUGAUCAAGAAAAUGAGUAAAAGAGAAAAAAUGUAUGUUCCCAAAGCUGAGCUAGGUGAUGAGGGUGUAAAUUGUUACAAAUACAAUACAUAAACAGCAAAAUAAUUUAUUACAUCAACCUUCUAUGUGACACUCUUCUAUUUAGCCUUCAGUUGCUUUGUUUGGGCUUUAGUAAUCGUCUUGCCCCUAAUACUCACCAAACAAUAUAUGAAGUCAGAUUUUCCAACAUAGUACGAUUAAGAAGCAUUGACUGCUUGAUUUGUAUUCGGAAUGCGGAAUUUUCCAAUGCUCCUCUUUGCGAUAAGGGACCAUACCGAAAGUGCGAAGACUUCCGAUUGGCUGACACCUCGGCUACAGCUAUUGCCCAGGCAUGUAGGUGUGAACCAGUCACAAUGCUUUCGUUGUUUUAAUCAGUCUCGUGAGCUUGGCCCCUGAUUGGCUGAAAACGGCUAGCUUACACAAUUCUGUGCAAUUUUGCACAUUGUCAAAGUACUAUGUGCAGCGUGUCUUUUUGCAUGCAAUAUGUAUCUUACUCAAGAUUACGUGGUGUGUGCAUUUGUACAAGUGUGCUCAACACUUACCAGGGCACUGUUUAAGUGAUACCUUUGAACACGCGUUGGGCGACAGGCCAUGCCAGUAACUGUAUCGUUUUUUUUUUUUUUUUUUCAAAUGCAUAUUGCAUACUUUACAUUUUUGUACAUUCAAUACAAGGCUACAACUUAACUACUACUGUGUAUAGUGAGCCUAGACACAUGACAAUGCUUGUAUACAAUCUGAAUGCGGUCAAAGCUAAUCCUGACCUCUGAAAACGGUGCCGUCUUAGAUUCCUGAUAACGUACGUACUGGCAUAUCAUAAUGAUGCUGGAAGCAGAAAUAUGUUUCAAUUCAGGGUGGCGAGUAGAGAGUCGAUGCACAAGUGGAAUGUUCAUAGAAGCGAUAUAUUCUAAGCAAGAACUAUAUAUGUAUUGCAAGCAAGCACAGCUUUUUUUUUUAUAAGCGUCAUCAGUAUUUUAACACGGCACAUGAUUUAGCGAAUGCAAGCCACUGCACGCUUUUUCUUUUUCCUUGAACAAAGCUUUAAUAUAUUUUGCAGUUCACUCUGAUGGUGAAACGAUGUCUUAAGACUUCUUGUAAUGAACUUGUGAGCUAUAGCCACCGAGCCUUGGCCUGUGAUAUAUCGACGUAUUAUUCCAGAAAUGUCAAUCUUAACUUUUUCUUCUUCUUUGAUGUGGAGAUGAACAGGACAAAUUUAUCAUUUGUAAUGCUGCCUUCAAGCACUGAACUCAAAAGUGCACGCAUUUUAUGCUCAGUGACAACUAAUGCACUUAUAAAAGUGCCUUGGGCAAGGACAAAAUGUUUUACGCAGGGCAGUUGUUUGCUUUUGUGUCAUACUUAUCUUUCUUAAUUCUCUUAGUUGCGUACAGUUUGUUAGUUGCGUAUAGCAUUCCAUAUAAGAAUUGUGACUUUUCAUGCGAAAGAUGGCUCCGACGUAUUGUACCUACUCUCCUGCAAGGCUUUAUUAUAUAUACUUAGCCCACAUAUAGCAUGAACCCAUUUAAACUGCGAAGUUUACAAUCUGCUAUAAGUACUAUAACUGCUUUAAAACCAUGCAAUACUUACAUAAUUUUUAAAAGUGCUGUGUAAUAUUUUUGUAACAUAAUAGACUAUACUUGGGACUUAUAUUUUGCACGCAUUUUUGUGCUCACAGAAUGUCUGCGAGGCUCGUUGAAAUGUAUAACAUUUCAAGAAUAAUAAACAUGGAUUUAUAUAACU